AUGAAACCCAGCCAUCACUUUCGAGAUCAGCUGUCUGCCAUAACGGGCUGGUUCGAUCAGUGGAAUGGCUGCGAGCAGACGGUGGCGCUCUGCUCCUUGGUCAAGAAAAUCGGGCCGACGCAAACGCGGUUCCUCGCUUUGGUACUGGAGCAAAACAUUGCCCAAUGCUUGGAAUUGCAAAUGCAAGAGCAGGAGGCUAAUGAUCCAGCGUACAUAAGCAGCUUAAGUGCUGAAAGUAAAGAAACUGCUGUCAGCCAACUUCUUUCUCAUCUGCCAUUGCUUCGUCCUGGAAACGAGGAGGCAAAAGCACAAUACCUUAGGCUCAUCCCCAAAAUCUUAGCACAUUCAAUCGGACACAGCAUUCAUAUUGAAGAAAGUAGGCAACUUCUAUCGUAUUCCCUCAUUCAUCCAGCCAUAUCCAAUGAGGAUCGCUGCACGUUAAAUCGGUGGCUAAGGCAAUUGGAAGACAGGAUACACAAUUCAUCUGUAUAUACUUCUGCUUCGACCUACACCAACGGUGUUGUCAUCAAUUCUAAUGGACCAUUACAACAAACUAACACACUAGAUAACUUUGGGAAUUGCCAGUAUAAUGCCAUGCCUCGCUUGGACAUGUGGAGGUCAGGAGCCAUUCUCGGCAUGAAUGGCAACUCCACUGUCGAUGUGAAUGGUUAUUCUGUUCUGAAUAACCUAGGAAGCAAUAGUUUGCCUCCUGGUAUUGGUAGUCAACACAUGGCUCUUCAUGGAAUGAACUCUGCUCCUGGAGGUGUUUCAGCUCAUCCUGAUGGCACUCAGACGUUGCCCAUGCCUCAUUCUCGGAUCAAGAGGAGCAGCAGUCUCACGCCUCCUUGUAGUUUGACUCAUCUAAAUAACUGUUCACCAUCAUCCUUAUCAAGUCAUAACAUGGACCAAGAGAAUCUUAUCCCUUUGAAUGGUCCUUGUAGUUUACGUCCCGAUCAUGCACCAUUAUCACCACAGAGCAGCGUCACUUCAUCGGGUAGCGGUAGUGAAAGCCAAAAAGAUGAGAAAGAUGUAUUUAGUCAGGAUGGAACGGGAAUGAAAGAUGUUCCUUGCUGGCUUAAGGGACUGAGGUUACAUAAAUAUGCCUACAUUUUUAAAAAUAUGACUUAUGAAGAAAUGAUGUCCAUUUCUGAAGAAAAAUUGGAAAAAAUGAAUAUCACUAAAGGUGCUAGACAUAAAAUAGUAUUGAGCAUUCAAAAGCUAAGAGAACGACAAGAUUGUUUAAGGAGUUUGGAAAAGGAUCUUCAAGAAGGUGAAGGAACUAUACGAUGUGCUAUUAAUGAAAUUAAAGGCAUGAUUCAAACUCCCAUCAAAGCAUACACAAGCCCAAAUUCAUUUAAUGAAAAAAUCAUAAGCAAUGGUGAAUCAGAAUCAUGUUCCGAACCUCCUAGUGCACCACCUAGCCCUACUAAUGAAAGUGAUGGUAUAUUACCAGUUGCUGAUGGGGACUUACCUGGACAGAUUACUCGUCUAAUGGGCAAAAUUUGUUCCAAUUUGCUGAUAUCACCAAACCAAGAUGAGAACUUGAAUUUUUUUGUAAUGCUUACUGACAAGUGCCUUAGCCAUGAGGCAUUUUCUCCAGUGCAAAAAAGACGCUUGUUCUCUUGGAAGCAACAGAUUCAAAAAGCUUGUCAUCCAUUACCACCCCGGCGCUCUCUUGAUAAUCGUCAGAGGAAUAAAUGGAAUGGCUAUCACAAUGGAACUUCUCAAAAUGUUGAACAUGACUCUAUUGUUGGAGGUUCUGUAUCUAUUAGACGCCGCAUUCCCGUCCAAUAUCAACAGCCUCCUCAACGCAUGCCUCUUGCACGGCAGAAUAUUUGUGGGAGUUACACCACACAGAAUAAUCAACGCAAUGCUUUGUCUACUGUUAUCAAGCGCCCUAGUCUACAAGAUCAUACAAAACCCCAUGUUCAGAUACAAAGGACUAAUUCUGCACCAGUGAGGCCGAAUCCACUACCUGUGUCUAUGUUUGGAAAAAACAUUGAUGCUUCCUAUGCAGGGAUAGAUUCGACCGAUCCUGAGAUAAACAAUAGGCUGGAGUCCUUAUGUCUCAGUGUUACAGAACAUGCUCUAGGAAGCUUUGAUGGAGCUGUGCCUUUAUUUUAAGUUUUUCUGGAAAUCUAAGUUUGUGUGCCAAGGCUUCUGAAGUUCUCCUCAGCUGCAAAUGUUUUGCAUCUGGCACUGUAAAUGUAUCUCCAUUUUUAUGUUUGUGACAUGAUUGUUUUGCAAUCCUUAAUAAUGUAAAGUUUUCUCAGAGGUUUCUCUGCUGGAAUUUUUAUUGAUGCAAAGACGACAGUUCAACUGGAUUGUAUAUUUUUUUUUAAGUCUUCCCCUUCAUUGAAUAUAUUACUGGUCAUAAAUUAGACCAGCUGAAUUACUUGUAAAAUGUGGACCAAAACUUAAAUGUGGCUGGUGCCUUAAAAUAUUGCUGUGCAUAAUACAUAUUUUCUUAACUCAGUCAAGCUCUGCCUGAUGAAACCAUUGUUGGCCAUUAUUCAAACUUAAUUCGAGAAUAACUUGAUUUUUUGAAUAAAUUAAAUAUACUUCAUUGAUGUAAUGUUUUGUGAUCAUAUUGCAAAAGUAAAGAAUCUCAAGCAUUUCCGCUUAAAUCUUAAAACAAAUUCUAAGAGAUUUGACUGAAAAAUAAUUUGAAUAAUGGCCAAUUGCCAGGCUGUGAUAAAAAGUUCAGUUCAGAGUGUUUUUUUAGCUUUGUACUGCUAUUCAGCUGUUAUUAACUAUGUUUUAAUAAUUUUGACUGUUAUAAGUGUUAAUUAAGUCAAAAUUUUAAUUCAAUUUGGAAAAAUGCCUUAUUGUCCCAGAAUUCACUGCUGGUUCAGUGUUGUGAAGUUGACUGGUAAUGGUUGCUAUACAACUUAGCAAUAUGUUUCCUGUUUAACCUUUAUGGACUGCUCAACAUGUGUUUAGAUUUCAAUUUCGGUUUGACAUUCAACCUGUAGGGCUAGUAGCCCAUUAUAAGCAAGUAUUUGAAUACUAACUUGGUUAAUCUAUUUCCCCUAUUCAUUAUUACCAUUAAUAGACUUGCCAAGUAUUUCUCCCCUUCCGUUUCAAAAGUGCUACCUUAAUUGUUUAGCAAAUUAUAUUGUGUGAUCCCAAGUGAAGUGUUCACGGAUAUUAGAUUAUAAAAUGCAGUUUCUUUAUUUCAUGUGCCACUGUAAAGUUAAAUUUGCACAAAUUCUUUUUAUAUGAACAUUAUCAGAUGGUUUUUUUAUCUAUAUUGAGAAAUUAAGCUUAUAAAUUUCCUUGUUAAGUUACAUGGUUUCCAAAAUUAAUGUCUGUUUGGCAAAUUUAAAUUUAGAAAGUUAAGUUGAAAUUGUAUGUUGCCUUAAAGGUAAAUGUUACUAUUGCAGAAAAGAUCUUUUGUUUUGAAAUACUGGUUUGCAGUAGCAGCCAUAUAUCUCAUGUUUUGAAAGCUCAAAAUGUUUAAAGUCCUGUUUGCAAAUUGUUUGUAUAUAGUGUUUCCUAUAUUUCUUUAUUUUUUAUAAAAAUCUAAGAAAAAUUGUAAUUGACUCAUCAUUUAAUGUAAAAUGUCAAUUUCACUUUAUCAAAUGUCCUAAAUUAAAGCACAAUUUUUCUCUUUUUGCUCAAGUUAUAAUUGAAUGUUGUUUUGUUAAAAAUAUAGAUUAGCUCUCUCUAUCUUACAUUAAGUUUCACUUUUUGGUUAUUAAUAAAAUUCUAAAACACGCUUGAUUAGAAUAUUAAUAUUUUGCCGAAGUUUUUAAUGCAAAUGUAUAUGAAAACAGAAUAGUUUUUUGAUCUAAACUCCUGCACUUGUACACCAUUUUGUUCAAUAUACUACUUAUAAGUUAAAAUACUUAAGUUCCAUUUUCUGAUUUUAGUUUUUAAAUGAGUGUUCACUUGUAUGAAGUUGUUUUGAAUUAUUUAUUUAAAAAAAAAAUGUUAAAUAUUGAGUAAUUUUAUUUUAUGUGAGAUAUAUUUCAGUUAACUCUUGAUGAGUCUUUUACAGUAUAUUGUGCUUUGUGCCACGUAAUUUCAUUUUAAGCAAAUUAUCUUGACAUCCAGGAGUCUUUGUAAAAUGUAAAUAAAAGUACAUAUUCCUG